GUACAGGUGUCGACACCUAUUUAUAAAUGGGGGAAAAACAUUUACAAUAUGAUUAGAUCGGAAGUUAUUCAUUUUCUAUUUUUUAGGUUAAAUUUGUUCCAGUGUACGUCCCCAUGACAUGCGUCAUAUACAAACUGUUGUCUUUUUUAUUUUUACACCUAUGGGUAAAAGCAAAUUAAUUAACCACAAAUGAAGGGCAACAUCCCCGAAGACCUUUUUAAAGCAAAAAGUGAGCAUUUUAACCGUAUUCAUUGAUUUCAUGUGGCAAUACAAACCCCAAGCAUGCAGCAAUAACAAGAGGAACAUGAUCUCAGCUGAUGGGGAUCAGAGGGUUGGAGAUACCGUCUAUGUGCACACAGAGAGGCCUUUGGAGUUUUGAGUCCCAGAGGAAAGCACCUUUCUUCCAUCUGGAGGCGGAGACAAUGACGUCAGUGUGAAUGAGUUCAGUCAUUGCCUUCAGGGGGUUGGGGCUCCCCCUCCUGACAUGGUAGGGGAAACCGAUUAAUGGUUUUGAGGGACAGCGGCUCAAUGUUGCUCAAAGAUCUGCAUUUGCUCAUUUUCAUUGUUUAUGAUGAUGCUACUUCUUUCCUGAUUUACUCCCUCAGUACAGUUCAACUCACUGCAGCACAGCAAUCUGAGUCAGCAGGAGAGACGGCUGAGGAGCUGAGGACGAAGACGCAGAACACCAACAUUGUGCACCCGUCGACAAACGUGGUUGUGCAGCCGUCUAGGUCAUCCUGUCCCGCUCCGCCGCCCGCCUCCAGGCACCCUGCGCCGUGCCCCGCCACGCCGGUGGAGGCCUCGGCUCUCCCGGACCUCCUCGGGGACGUCCCCUUCACUUUGGCUCCCCACGUCCUGUCCGUGCAGGCGGGGCUCCCCCGCGCCCCCGACGUGCUGCUGUCCCGGGACGUGAACUACAACCUGGCAAACUUCCAGUACGACUUCACCUUAGAGAACUCGGUGCUCCACAGCGCCUAGUCUGAUGGUCCAUGUGAUCUUGCAGCAUUAUGAAACCUUUUGAAACAUAGAAUACUCUCUGUUGUUGGCUCCUGUGCAUUCUUAAUGUGGUGGCUGUGAAAUCACCGGACUGAACUUUGGAAAAGAAGCCACGGCUCUUGACUGGCUGUACUAGUGAUGGUGGGUGGAGCUGUGGAAGACCCGGGUGGACAGGUGCUUUACUGGUUCCGUCGUGUUACACAGAGGCUUCAUAAAGACGACUGUGGUCCAUUGCAGUGGUCAUUGUCGACCUUGACACUCAGAAAAGUUGCUGAGAUCUAGGAACAUGUGACUAAAAGGUCAAAGGGGUGGAGCCUGUAAAGUCAAAAUUGAACUGAGAUGCUGCUCAAUAAACUGGUGGAUGUUUGACAAAGUGAUGUCACAGAUGGCCUCUGUUGUCUCUUGAAAUUCCGUCCCUUUGGUAACCUUCUGAUCAUGUGGUGCGAGGGUCUCAGGUUUUAGCUCUCAGUCUUCGGGUGGGUCUGUAGGCGUCCAUUUGCAAGCACGGGUAGAGUUUCCGGUGCCUGGUGGGGGGGUCGGGUCUGGGGUCACGUCUCAGUUUCACGUUUGCGCUCCGCUCAUGUUCCUUGACCCGUCAAAGCCGCAAUUUUGUAUAAAUUUCUGCUCGACUUGUUAUUGUAUUAUUCAUUGUUUCUGUACUUUCAUCAGUUUUUGCUUUCUUGUGUUCAUGGAACAUAUUUUAUGGUAGAAAGCAGUCAAAUGUGGUCAGAGUUUUUACAAGGUUUACUUCUGCUGAAAGGGUUUAGGGACAUGGCAGCAUCUGGUGUACUCUGUCUAUGACUAAGAUAUGAAGCUGUAUUGUUCAUUUUUACAGUGAAACAUUGGUCAGUGUUUUCAAUUAGGCUGAAGAGGGCUGUGGUCGUCCUUGCAAAGAAGAACAAAGAAAUCCUUUCACAAUCAUUUCACAAUCAUUUGUUUCCAUUUAAAGUCAUCCCGUUCCUGGUAGGCUUUUAUUUUGAAAAAGUUUGCUUUUCUAUUGAAAUUGAAAGUUCUUGAUUGAUUCUACUGGGCUGCUUUUCUAAUUACUUACUUUGUAAAUAUGAGCUCUUGAAACAAACUUUUGACGACAUCAGGAAAUACUGUAUUUGUACCUCUUAAUUGUUUGUACACGGUCCAAUCUUCAAACCUGCUGUGCCUUUUAAUGCACAGUGUUUAAAUGGACGCACUCAGCCCUGUGUUAAUCACCUCCUUGAGCUACAGUGUGUGGCUCACCUAUUCUGUUGUAACCUGCUUUACCAAUAACUGUCUCUAAAAAUAAAUUCCAUUAUAUCA